AGCGGCGAGGUGCUGGACCGGGACCAUUCGGGGGUCACCGAGGAGACCCGAACGGACCGGAUCCAGCAGAACUCCCCUCCGCGUGCAGCACCGGACAGAACCCGCCACGAGCCGCGUUCACCUGCCGAGAGAACCGGAACCCGAAGCCUAGCGGACGGUCUGCCCUUCUGUGAGGCGUUCACGGCCGUGACCAGGUGCUGUGACCCCCCCCCCCCACGCGAUGCUGCAGCUGUGCCAGGUCACCAGCGCCCUCUUCAUCAGCAACGCCCGCUCGGCCUGCAGCGAGGAGCUCCUCCAGCAGGAGGCGGUGACGCUCUGCAUCAACGUGUCCAAGCAGCAGCCGUUCCCGCGCCGCGGCGCCGGCGUGGCCACGCUGCGGGUCCCCGUGUACGACGACCCCGCCGAGGACCUGUACGCCCACUUCGACCGCUGCGCCGACGCCAUCCAGGAGGAGGCGAGCCGGGGGGGGCGCGCCGUGGUCUACUGCACGAACGGGCGCAGCCGCUCGGCCACCGUGUGCGCGGCGUACCUGAUGAAGCACCGCGGGCUGUCGCUCACCUGCGCUCUUCAGAGAGUGAAGACGGCUCGUCACGAGAUCGACCCCAACGCCGGCUUCCUGUCUCAGCUGCAGAGAUACGAGCAGGAGCUGAAGAAGAGACGAGGACGCAGGGACAGACAGGAUCACUGAGGGACAGAGGGACAGCCUGAGGGACAUGCUUUUUACCAGGGAAAAUCUGUAUUGAAGAGAAACCUUUAAUGUUUUCAUCAGUUCACUUCUUUUGACGACGUUUCUCCAGAAUAAAACAGGAAAUAUUAGUAAUAACUUGAACACGUUAAAAUGGCAAAAUAAAAGAUUAAAGUAAAGAAGACUAAGCAAUAAUAAUCAAAAGCAAUAAUCACCCAAAGAGGAAACGUUUGAACAAUGUGUAUAAAUAUAAAAUAAAUAUAGUAUGGUGACUUUAAGAUGAGUUUAAGAUAAGUAUUAUUGAUUCUUUUUCAAUAAUAACUAUUUUAUAUGUUUUACUUAAUUGUUAAUGAUCCUGUUUAAUUAUUGAUCAGUAAAAAUUGAUUGAAGAUGUUUAAACUGAUUAGAUCAGCUGACCAACAGACCAACCUCUUUCUAGGAUGCUUUUAUUGUGAAACAGGAAGCAGUACCUGUCUCAAGUGAAGCUUCCAGCUGAUUUCACCUCUUCUUUGUCUCUCUGAAGGGUUUAAUCUACUGAACUAAAUGUCAUCCUUUGGUGCAGACUCUUCAUUAACAACUUUUAAACAUAUCGCAUAAAAUAAUAUUAACGUAGGAAAUCAGGCUGUUUAAAACAUACACCCAAAUAGUUGAUGUGUGUUAAUGCUAGUUAAUGCUACUUAAUGCCAGUUAAUGCUAGCGAUGCAUUGAGCUCAGGUUAAAACUUAAAGAGUGUGUGUGUGUGUGUGUGUGUGUAUGUGUGUGUGCAGCUUCUUCACUUAGUGGCGCUGCAUUAAAGCAAUAAUUAGAAACACGUCAGACCUCAGACUGUUGAAAUGCUGUGACCUUCAGAUGGUGUAUGUGACCUUUAAACUGUGUAUGUGACCUUUAGAUUGUGUAUGUGACCUUUAGACCGUUUAUGUACUGAAACAUGAAAUAAAGUUACACGUUCAACAUUCA